AUGUACGGAGAGCCACGCGCCUUCAACAACACCACAGCAGGCACGUGCUUCGCGGCACUCAAGAAUCACGACUCCAUGAAGCAGCGACCACGUCGACGCCGUCUUCAAGGCAACGGCAAGCACUUACCAGACGCAGGAGACCGAGUAACACACGAGUACUAA